AUGCAAUGCGGUAGGGGCGAGCAGUAUGCACAGUCUCCCGGAGCUCUCCACGCUCUGUGCUGCUUUGCGAACAGCCCUCCGUGGCUGACAUGGGAAUUCCGCUGUCUCGCCUGUCCUCAGACGAUUGUAAGGAGGCCAAAUCUGGACAGAUACUUUGUGUACACUUCGCUCCUCGGCACGCACUCCUUCUUUCUGAUCUUCUUGCCAAUGGCCUUUUGGCUCGGCAGUCCUAUGCUAGCCCGCGGACUGGUCAAUGUCCUUGCAUUUGGCGUCUAUUUCUCCUCUGCCAUCAAGGAUCUCUUUUGCAUUCCUCGACCUUUUAGUCCGCCAUGCACCAGGUUGGUCAUCGGUACGACUCACCUGGAGUAUGGCUUUUUGUCCACGCAUAGCACCAACGCUAUGGGAGUUGCAUUUUAUCUUUACCUCUGGCUUGGUGCCUUGAGAUCGCAUGCGCAGUCACCCGUCCUGGACAGCUGGUUUUGGGAGAUUCUGCUGGGAUACUACGCAAUCAGCGUCGUCUACGGGAGGCUGUAUGCUGGCAUGCACAGUCUGAUGGAUUGCGUCGCAGGCUCGUUACUAGGGGCUGGAAUCUCAUGGGUGCAGUGGCACUUUAUGGACGCGAUUGAGCGAUUUUACAUUCUGGAGGGCUGGACAGUCCCACUGGUGUCGAUCCCAGCAACCCUCCUCAUGGUCUCCAUUCAUCCGCAACCGCUAGACGAUUGCCCCUGCUUCGAAGACGCCAUCGCUUUCAUCGCCGUGGUCUUGGGUGUGGUGCUGGCGAGAUGGGCAAAUUGCAAGUGGGACCUUUUGGAUAGGAACGAUCAUCCUCUUGACUCGCAUUGGCCCGACGGGCCAGGUGUUGCAGAGAAAGCAAAGCAGAUGUGGUACGGAGCUAUCGGUAUCUCUGAGCCUCAGCCUUGGCUCGCUUCGUUGCAAACGAAGGGAGAUGCCUCUGUCCUCUUGACUUGGGCGCUUUGGGGCCUCAAAUCCCUCACAGCACUGGUCCUCGGUGGGUGGAUACGCCUCAGAGCGACUGUCACGCGUGGGUCUGGUGCUGACUCAACACUGAAACGUCCCCCAUUCUGCAAUGGACAGGCGUUGCUUUGA